AUGCCCGUGAAGACAACAACCUUGGCAACAGAACCAGUGCUGGUUCAGCAACACGAGCUGACCCUCGCCACAAACACCGGGACCAACAACAAGGAACAGGCGUUCUCAGCAACCAUCUUGACCUAUGGCGCAACAUUGACCCAUCUUACCUGCCCAGACCGCUGGAAUCAAUCACAGGAUGUCGUCCUGGGAUUCGACCAUUGGCAGGAUUAUAUCGCCCAGGCACAACCCGGCGCCUUGAACCCCUACUUUGGCUCCAUAAUUGGACCCACUGCCAGUCGGAUUGCCAACGCCACAUUCCAGCUCGAGAGCACACAUGCACGCAGCUCCUCUACAACUACAACUACAGCUACCGCCGCGUCGCCAUCACAAGCAGCAACACAUGUCUUGCAGGUCUCGAACGGACUCGAUUGUCACCAUGGAGGACCAAAGGGGUUUGACAAACAGCACUGGACUACCGUCGAUGUCAACCAAGAGGAAACGUCUGUCACGCUCGAGUGGGUCUCACCUCAUGGAGAUUAUGGCUAUCCUGGUCGAUUGGUCUCUCGCGUUCAGUACAACUUGACUAGUCAAGGAGAGCUGGCGAUCGAGUUCUCGGCGCAGUUACAAGAAGGAAAGGAGGGAGCACAGGAUAUGACUAGCAUGAAUUUGCAUUCGACAAUCGUCAGUUUGACCAACCAUGCGUACUGGAACCUAGAUGGAGUUUUGAAUCCCUCAGAGGAUCAAGCAUGUCAACUUCAGUCUCUCCUUGUCGAAACACAAUCAACAUCAGAGGUCACCACCAACAAUGACGAUGACAAAGUGGCAGUUGUCAAGAACCCUUGUACCGUCAAAGGCCACACGCUCUGGCUUUCCACCUCAACCCUCGUCGAGUUGGGCAACAAACAUCCAGUCCCGACAGGUAUCCUCCUCGAUGUCACCCAAACACCCGAACUACAUAUCCAGAAGGAGCUUUUGGACUUUACUGGAACAGAGACACGUCCAGCCAUCAAGAACAAGGCGCUUGGACAUGGACUCGACUCGAUCCCCGGAGGGUACGGAUACGACCACGUCUUUGCAUUGGACGGGACAGAUGCCACCCACACCACGCCUAUACCAGUCAACGAUGUAGGAAUCCAAGCCUACUGGCCACGCACCCCUCACGUCGCGACAUUGUAUUCUCCAAGAUCCGGUAUCCGUCUUGACUUGUCGACCUCUGAACCAGCAAUCGUCCUCUACGCCGCCGGAUACCUCGACAAGGCGUCCCUCCCACGGACCAAAUCCAACAUCCUUGACAUCCCCAGCAACCCACUCGUCAUCUCCCCAGCGGCGGCCACAUUAAUGCCUACAGUAGCAGGUGGUGAUGAAGCCAAGAUCAGGAUUGAGGCCGAGUUUGACAAGUUUGCAGGCUUUUGUUUAGAGCCUAUCCGGUUCCCGGACGCCAUCCAUCAUCGUGAUUGGGCAGGGAUGGUUACGCUGCACCAUGAUCAGGUCUAUCGCCAGCGAUCCGUCUACAAAUUUAGCUCUGAGUAG